AUGGCAUAUUCACACCGCCAGCCGUCCGCUAUGUCUCGAACCACUACCGCCCUUGUCGUGCCAGAACUCAACGGCCAAUUCGAACUUCAGGAGAUAUCGCUAGAUGCUCUUCAGCCCGAUGAAGCUCUCAUCCAAGUCCAUGCCUUUGGCGUGUGUCACACUGACGUCUCGUGUGCCAACGGCAAGCUACCAUGCGGCCCGAACGCUGUACUCGGCCACGAAGGUGCCGGUGUAGUUCUUGACGUUGGAUCCGCUAUCACCUCGGUCGUGAAAGGAGACAAGGUGCUGAUGUCCUUUUCCCACUGCGAGUCAUGCCCAUGGUGUGUAUCAGGCCAGCCAGCAUACUGUUCUUACUUCAACAACCGAAACUUUGGUGGCAAGCGUCCUGACGGGUCAUCGGCAAUGUUUUCAACCGCAGCAGGUCAGAAAAAAAACCUUUUCAGCUCCUUUUUUGGGCAGAGCUCCUUUGCCAGACACACGGUAGUACACCAGUCUUGCCUAGUCAGGGUUGCGCCGGAGACUCCCCUGGGUCUCUUUGCUCCAUUGGGCUGCGGCAUUCAGACGGGCGUGGGUGCAGUCCUGAACACUCUCCGGGUCAAACCUGGCAGCUCGGUAGCUAUUUUUGGCGUGGGCGCUGUUGGCAUGGCGGCAGUAAUGGCAGCUAAGUUAUGCCAGGCCAAGACUAUCAUCGCCAUUGAUCUACAACCUGGUCGACUAAAGCUCGCCACGCAGCUCGGCGCCACUCACGGCAUUCUUGGCUCAGACCAGCGCGUCGUCGACAAGAUUCAAGAAAUCUGCCCUCCAGUUGGUGUCGACUAUGCCGUUGACUGUACCGGCGUCCCGGCUGUCGUUGAGGAGAUGGUGGCGGCCCUGGGAACGAAAGGGAGGGCGGCGACCGUCGGUGCGCCAGGCAGCAACUCUCAGGCCAAGAUAGACAUUAUGAGCCACCUGACUUAUGGUAAGGAAUACGUGGGCUGUUCUGAGGGGGAUAGCAACCCAUCUAAGUUCAUCCCUUACUUGAUCGACUUGCACUCUCAGGGACUCUUACCUCUUGAAAGGCUGAUCACCUAUUACAGCAUCCAAGAUCAUGAGAAAGCCAUUGCUGAUGUAGUUGAUGGACUGGCCAUCAAGGCAGUGAUUCUGUGGAAUGAAAACCCUAUCGAACUAUAA